ACUAUCACUUACACGUGCAAUUCGUAAACAAAAUGCGUUUUUGUUAAUUUUAUGCACAAAACCUUAUAAUUUAGCAACAAAAUGUCACGGAUUAUAGUAAAGCAGCUGCCGAAGCAUAUCACGGAGGACAAGCUGCGUCAGAUUUUCGGUGCCCAGGGAACGAUAACGGAUCUGCAGCUGAAAUACACGCCCGAUGGUAAGUUCCGGCAGUUCUGCUUCGUCGGCUACAGCAGCGAGGAUGAGGCGCAGGCGGCCAUCCGGCACUUGGACAACACCUGCAUCCAGACGAGCCGGGUGCGCGUGGAAUCUUGCGCUGCCCUGGGCAGUGAGUCCAAACCGCAGUCGUGGAGCAAGUAUGCCAAGGAUAGCAAGAAGAAUCUUGACAAGCUGAAGGCCGAGGAGGAGGCGGCUAAGGCGGGGACCAAAAUUCAGAGCAGUAAGGAAAAGAAAAAGAAGGACGACAAGGUGGAACAGAUUCUGGGCAAGCACAAAGACGAUCCCGAGUUCCAAGAGUUUCUACAGGCGCACGACAAGACUCGCACGCUGUGGGGCAAUGACUUGGGCAUAAAUGGCAAUCAAAACGAAGAGGAAAACGAUGAGGAUAAGAGCGAGCAGGAUGAAGAGGAUACACCAGCUGGCAGAGACGACAGCGGCGUAGAUGCCGAUGCAGGUGAUGAGGAAACAGCGGCAGAUGAUGAGAAUGAGGAGGACGCGGGGAAACUGGCCGAGAAACCCAUCAGUGAUCUGGAAUACAUGAAAUCCCUAAUGGCAGGCAAGGCGACCACACCCGCCACUCCCACCAAGAAAGCCACUACCAAGGCGGACAAAUCCAACCUGGAGCUAUUCACCAUUAAAAUACACAACGUGCCGUACAACACGAAGCGCCAGGAGGUGCUCAAGUUCUUCAAGCCCCUGAAGCCCUACUCGGUCCGCUUGCCCAGCAAAGUCCAUGGCUUCUGCUAUGUGGGAUUCAAAACAGAAAAAGACAUGGCCAAGGGAAUGCUCAAGAACAAGAGUUUCAUCAAGGGCAAGCAGGUGUUCUUCUCCGAUUUCACCGAGAAGAACAAGGUGACCAAGGCGGGAAAGAGUGGUCAAACGGUGACGCCUGCAACAACAGAGACGGGCAAUGCCAAGUGGAAGCAGCAGCAGGAUGGUCUGUCCAAGGAAGAUGACAUUUCCGAAUCGGGAAGGAUAUUCUUUCGGAAUCUGGCCUACACCACCACCGAGGAGGAGCUCCGGCAGCUGUUCGAACAGUAUGGUCCCGUGGUGGAGGUUAAUCUGCCGGUGGAUAAGUUAACGCGAAAGAUUAAGGGCUUCGGCACAGUCACCUACAUGAUGCCAGAGCAUGCUCUCAAGGCAUUCAAUGCUUUGGACGGUACCGAUUUCCAUGGGCGGCUACUACAUCUGCUGCCCGGCAAGGACAUCGCGGAGAAGACAGCCCAAGAUGAUCUCGAUGAAAACGAUGCCAGUCUCUCGUUCAAACAAAAGAAGGCCCUCAAGCUGAAGAAGAACGCACAAAAGCCCAUCGGAUGGAAUACACUGUUCAUGGGCGCAAAUGCCGUGGCCGAGAUUCUGGCCAAACAGUUCAAGACCACCAAGGAGAAGAUUUUGGAUACAAGCGAUGGCGGUAGCAGUGCUGCAGUGCGUUUGGCCCUCGGCGAGACCCAAAUAGUGAUCGAAAUGAAGCGUUUUCUUGAGGCCGAGGGCGUCCGGCUGAAUGCCUUCGAUGAGCCCCCAAAGAGGCGUUCCAAUACUGUGAUACUGGCCAAGAAUCUGCCGGCAGCCACCGAAACGUCAGAACUGACGCCUCUGUUUAGUCGUUUUGGUCCGAUUGGAAGGAUUGUGCUGCCACCCAGCGGCGUAACGGCUCUCAUUGAGUACUGUGAUCCCUCGGAGGCAAGGCAGGCAUUCAAGAAGCUGGCCUACAGUAAGUUCAAGAAUGCACCCUUGUAUUUGGAGUGGGCACCGGACGAGGUCUUUACCACAACACUCAGCGGGGAGCCGGUUAUACCCAAAUCGGAGCCUAAAGAAGAGAAAAGGGAGGAGAAGAAGGAGAAGCCUGAGGAAUCCCAGAAAGAGACACCGGAGGAGGAGGAGAAACCGAUUGCCGAGGAUGCUGACGAUGAACCCGAACCAAAUACAACACUUUUCCUGCGCAAUCUGAACUUUAAGACGGUGCAGGAGACGGUGGAGAGGCACUUCCGGCACUUGGGCAGCAUACACACGGUGGAAAUAGCCAAACGCAAGGAUCCGGAGAAUCCGCGACAGCUCAACUCCCUGGGCUAUGGUUUUAUACAGUUUAAAAAGUCUGCGGUGGCUGAGCAUGCGCUCAAAAAUAUGCAGCUUACCCAUAUUGAUGGUAAUCCUGUGGAGCUCAAGCGCAGCGAUCGUGUGUUGAAGAGCCAAGACCAGGCAGGUGCUCAGCGGCGUUUAGCUGCGCAGAAGAUGCAAACGGGCACCAAGAUCCUGGUGAGGAAUAUACCUUUCCAGGCGCAAUAUCGCGAAGUCCGGGAUAUAUUCAAGGCCUUUGGCGAGCUGCGUUCGUUGCGCAUUCCUAAGAAGGCCACCGGCGGCGAGGAGUCUCAUCGUGGCUUUGGUUUCGUUGAUUACAUGAGCAAGGCGGAGGCCAAGCGUGCCUUUGAAGCGUUGAGUGCCAGUACGCAUCUGUACGGACGCCGUUUGGUGCUGGAGUGGAGCGCCAACGAUGAUAGCCAGGAUGUUGAGGAGCUGCGCAAGCGAACGGCGGCCAAAUUUGGCGAGAGUCAGGCAGCAACUGCAGCCAAACGCAGUCGCAAAUCCUUCUUCGAUGUGGAGGCGGUGGCCCCGGCUGGUGACGAUGACGAGGAGGAGGAUGGUCACUGAGCAUUACAAGUACAAGUUGUAAAAUUGUAACAA